AUGGCAUUGACUUACAAAGAACAGGAUGAGAUACUUCGAAGCUGCAUGAGUAAUAUCAAGCAUCAAUCUAAUUUGAUGAAGAAUGAUUUGGAUGACAAUAAAUUGUUACAAGCGUUGAAACACUGUUCUAAUCUCCUCAGUGAGUUGAGAGUUAGCCUGUUGACUCCAAAACAGUAUUAUGAGAUGUAUAUGAUGGUGUUUGACUCCUUGGAGAUAUUGAGUGGGUAUUUGUUAAGUAGCUAUAACUCAAGAGUUAAACGCAAACCUCAAAUCGAGAAUGACAAGGCUUCAGACAAGGUUUCAGACAAGGCGAAGGAAAAAAGAAGGGAAAAGGACUCUUCUUCACAGAACAACAAUAAUAUUGCAUCUAGUGCCGCGGGUGCGUUUUUGGCUGACUUGUACGAGAUUGUCCAGUACUCUGGAAACAUCAUUCCUCGUCUUUAUAUGAUGAUUGUUGUUGGAACAACGUAUAUGAAGGUCAAAGGAGCUCCAGUGAAAGAUUUGAUGAAGGAUAUGAUUGAAAUGUGUCAUGGAGUACAACAUCCCAUACGUGGACUAUUCUUACGAUACUAUCUAUCACAAAGGACAAAGAACUUGUUACCUUUUGAAACAGCUGCUGAUUUUAAAGAAACUAUUGAGUUUUUGAUUACCAACUUUAUCGAAAUGAACAAGUUAUGGGUCAGAUUGCAACAUCAAGGUCACUCUUCAGAGAGGGAAAUACGAUAUAGAGAACGUAAAGAGUUGAAAAUUUUGGUUGGAUCAAAUUUGGUCCGCUUGAGUGAGAUAAUGGAUAAUUAUAAAGGAGGCAGCGAUGAAAACGGUGAGAUUUAUUCAUCAAUCAAGUUUUAUGAAAACAAGGUUUUUCCUACCAUCACCGAGCAAAUUAUUCAAUGUAAGGAUCAUUUAGCACAAACGUAUUUGGUUGAUGUAAUGAUUCAGGUUUUUCCUGAUGAGUACCAUUUUGCUACUUUGGAUAAAUUGUUAAACCAGGUGUUUGCUAAAUUACACCCUAUGUUAAAAAAAACCGAGUUAAUAACUGCUUUGAUUGAAAAGUUUAUCACCUAUCACAAGUUUUCUGAUGACAUGUCAAGUUUGAAAGUAAGCGAUGAAACUAAUGGGGAAAGGGUUGACAAUGGAGAAAGAGUAGAUAUCGAUGCAUAUUUUGAGAUAUUCUGGUCUUUUUACGUAAAAUUGAAUGAAACGGAUCCAGAUUUACAACUACAAGACCAUACUAAAGUUUUGCAAUCGUUUAUCAACUUCUCGCUUACUUUCAAUCCUGAGAAUUUUGGUAUUUUGGAUAAAAUAUACAAGUAUGUUGCAGAGAAUUUAGUUGCUAAGCUAGAAAAGGAUGGAGAUCAGCCGGAAAUGCUUUUGCAAUUAUUGCUUGAGUCAGUUAACCAUUUUACUUCAAUAAAGACAAUUUUAAAUUUUGAAAACUUUUACACAUUUUAUGAAAAAUUGGAUAAUGUAAAUCUACAGCGAGAAAUUUCAAUAGCUAUUAUCGACAAGAUUUUAGAGGUUCACAAUGAUGAUUAUUUUUCAACCCCAAGCGAAAUAGAUGGCAUAAUUAAGUUUGUUACCGUGUUGAUGAAACAGAAUGUCAAUGACGAUAAACUUGACACGGCAAAGGACUUGGGGAUUACGAGGACCUUUGGAAUAAAUCACGGUAAAAAAUUAGUUACUCCUGAAUAUCUUGAAGCUCAAGAGAAGGUGAGCAAAUUAAUCCAAUUGGUCGAUGACCCAAAUGACUUACAAAAAAGUGUAAGUAAUUUAAUCUACUUGAGAAAGAAAAUCCUGAACAAGAAAUCAAACAGUUUGAUUAUAUACAUUUAUCCAACGUUGAUUUCCAAAAUAUUGUAUAAAUUGAAAUUGAUUGGUUAUGCCAAUUUAAGGUUAAAGAAAAAAGGGACUAAUAAAACAGCUGACCAGUUUCUUAUUGCCAAUUUCAAGAAUUUAUCAGUGAUUAUUGAAGAGUUGUAUCAAGUGCAUUAUGAGUAUUCGUGUGAACAAAUCUUGAGUUUAUACUUGAACAUGGCAUCUGUUGCAGAUCAAUUGAAAUUGAGUCUGAUUAGUUUUGAAUUGUUUAAUCAAUGUUUUGUCAUAUAUGAAGAGAAUAUAGUGUUAUCGUCACAUCAGUAUAAACCAUAUAUUGAAACGAGUCCUUAUGAUUCGUUGACAAAUGGAUCUGUUCCUUAUCAAGCAAUAAUUGUCAUUGCUAAUACAUUGAUUAGAACAAGGUAUUUGAGUAAGGAGAAUUAUGAGAGUUUGAUAACUAGGUUGACGCUAUAUGGAAAUAAAUUGUUGAAGAAACAGGAUCAAUGUCGUGCAGUUUACUCGUGUGCACAUUUAUGGUGGUGGAGUGAAGCAUUGUUACCACCAAAUGAAAAGUCUCCAACCACAUCUACCGAUAUCGAUGAAAAAGAAAAGGAAGGAGGCGAUUUUGAAAAGGAUAGUGAAGAAGGAGCCAAGAAAUCAGUAGCAAAAGAACCAAGCGACGACCAACAAAUCACUCUCUACCAAGAUGCAAAAAAAGUUUUGGAAUGUUUACAAAAAUCGCUCAAGGUUGCAGAUUCAAGUAUGGAUCCUUAUUUAUCCUUAAAGCUAUUUAUUGAGAUAUUGAACAAGUGCUUAGUUUUCAACGUAUAUGGAAAUCCCAUGAUAGAUAACCGAUAUAUCAACGGGUUGAUCAGUUUGAUACGGACCAACAUUGACAAUUUACGCGAUGAAGAAGAUCAAAACUUGAAUAACAAGGAUUAUACCAAUACGGAAGAGGAAGAUGCUGAUACCGAGGCUGGAAUAUUCAACCAGAGUCAAUUUUACUUUAAUGAGACAGUGAAAUAUAUUUCAGCUCAACAACAAUUAGAAAAUAGGUUUGCAGGUGUUUAUGUAUAG